AUGGUGGCUAGCAAACCCCUUUUGCCAAUGGUCUGUGCUUGCUUCGAGUGCUCCAAGAUUUUCGAGGUUGUUGAUAUCGGAAAGAAGGAGCGUUUCAGACCUGAGGAGAGUAUAUUUAACAUUCGAUGUUGGGCUGAUGGAGUUGACCCGCCCGAGGGGGCGAAGAAAGCUGCCCGUAACCGUCGUUCAAUGACUAAAAUGAUGAUGAAGAUGAUGUGGCUCAAACUGACGGGGCGUGAGAAAUCUUUAGGCCCGCGUGAGCGGCGUCCGAUCAUGUUUGCCAAAUAA